AAGAAAAAAGCCGACGUCUAUGGAGCUAGUAAGCUAAUAAAAAUGACAUCCAAACAGUUUAAUGUGAGAGAUGUUUGGUAAUUAAACUUUCUUUGGGCCUCAAUUUGUUGCGUUGGAUAUUUAGAUAUCAGUUUAGUUUGUGCGUCGUGUAAAUAGAGAGAGAGGGAGAGAACUGAGUUUGUAAAGCCGUUGAUAACGUCGAUGACAAGCUAGCUGUUGUGAUCUUAAACUGGCUGAGCUUCACCGAGCUCAGUGUUUUAAUCCUAAGUACCUAGCGGCUGCUCCAGAUUGACUUUGAUGAAAUGAGGCUGUUCAGGGCCGGCUGUUUAGUGCGCACAGCCCAUGUUCUCCUUACUUGGCUCAUAACGUUGGUUCUGUUUCUUCACAAUACAGACCUACGCAGGUGUGAAGAAAGAGGUGAACUGCUGCCGCCAGUCCUGUUUGGCUCCACAGUCCUUCUCUCAGUGAUGAUGUACUUCACUGUGUCGCUCAUGGAUCCGGGUUUCGUUCUGUCUGACAAUGACACUCAGCAUACCAUCACACAUGACGGUAAUGAAGAACUGGAAGUAAUGAUACCAUGUAAUCAAAAAUUUCAACGCCAGCGACGCUGUGGCUACUGUUCCCUACUGCAACCAAUGAGGGCGAGGCACUGUAAGGAAUGUAAGAAGUGUGUCAGACGUUUUGAUCAUCACUGCCCCUGGAUGGAGAAUUGUGUUGGAGAAAGGAACCACAGGUGGUUCUUGAUGUAUCUAUGCAUACAGUUCCUGGCUGUAUCGUGGGGACUGCAGACUGCCUGGUCUGGUGUUACCUUUGCACCCACCUGGCAUCAGUGGUUUGUUCAGAAUGGCUUCCUGCUUGGUGCCCUUGGUGUUACGGGGAUCUUUUCUCUGGUUGUACUACUGCUGCUAUGCAUACAUCUGUACCUGGCAGCCAUUAACACCACCACCUGGGAGUUCAUGUCCCGCCACCGCAUCGCCUAUCUUAAAACUUGUGACUCUGAAGAAAAUCCCUUUGAUAGGGGCAUGAUCUGCAAUCUGUGGGUCUUUUUCUGUGUCUGUCGCACAAUGGCAUGGGAAAGAGUGUACUCCAGAAGGACUAAUGGGACUGUAUGAUUGACAGAUAUUGAGGACUCACUAAGGCAGCAUCUAAAGUACCAAUUUUGGAACUGCACACAAUACUUUAAAAGUAAAUACUUUUUUAUGUGGAACUUAAUAAAAUGUUUUUGCAUUUUUACAAGCUUA